AUGAACGUUCAAGUGGAUGUAUCGGACUCCGGAUAUAACUCGUUGCCCUGCAAGCCCCUGGUCUGUCCGCAGUGCGGCAAGGCUUUCAAGAACAAGGCCGAAGAAAAGAAACACUCUUCCACCCAUAGUCGACCCUUUAAAUGUCAGAUAAAAAAUUGCACCAACCUGAAGGGCUUCGCAACAUCCAAUGAUCUGGAAAGACACCAGAAGGAUAUUCAUCUCAUCCGACCGAAGCACGGCCCUCAGGCUUACUACAGAUGCGUGCUACCAACAUGUUCGAAACGAGAGAAGAUAUGGACUCGAAAAGACAAUUUCAAAGCCCAUAUCACACGAAUGCACAAGAACAUGGGCAUCGACAUUGACCACUUGAUCGGAAGAUCGGAGAUGAAUCCCACAGCGGCAGAGUUGGAACAACUAGCCCGCGCUAAGAAUGCUCAAAUCCACAACAAGAACAAGGGGAAGCAGCGUGCCAGCAAUCAAUCCAAGCAGGCGAUGAUGCAAGAGUACGGCGACACGUCUUCAGAGCCUGACGCAUCUCAAGCAGCUAUUCCGUUAUGGCAGACUCAUGUACCGGAAUAUCUUGACGACGUGCCUCAAGAGGCGGCAGAGAUGGUGACUGCGUACAGUACGCGCAGAGUGGCGAACACGAAUGUGCCGAAUGUUGUUCUGAAGUAUCCUGAUGGGAUACCUGUCAACACUUACGGGUAUAUCCAGCCCAACAGCAGACACAACAGUGCAGAUGGAGCUUGGGACGAGAUGUCAGAUACGAGUUUCGCGUAUUCUCAUGAGAGUUCGGCGUUCGGUGGAGGGACAAGUGAUUUUGGUUGA